AUGGCGCCAAAAUUGACCAAGAAUCAGAUGCGGCGCGCGAAGAAAAAGGAGCAGAAGAAAGUAACACAGGUCAGUUCAUCUCUAGUAUUGAUACUUGCAAUCAUUGACCGAGUCCAGGUGACCCCUACACCAGAAGCAGAUGUCCCAAAAGAUCCGGAACCCGAAAACGAAGUCGAGCCAACUGAGCCUACCAAAACCACCGAGUCCAUCGAGGAACCCAAAAAAAUUGAUGAUGAUCCUUUGGAAGCAGAAAUCUCAGGUUUUGAAAUCAGUGAAGAUGAUCCAAAUUUUGCUAUGUUCAAAGAUAUUAUGGAUAGAUUUGGUGCUACCACUGAAGAAGACCAGGCUGCGAAAGACGCAGACGUUGGCGACAAGGGCGAAAUGUUCUUCGUUCAAGAUGACGGAAUUCCGGACGAGGAUGAAGAGGCAGAUAAAGAACUCAAAUUAUCUAAAAAGAAGAGAAAGGAGAGAGACAAGCUUUCUGUUGCGGAAUUGAAAGCGCUUGUGAGAAAGCCAGAGCUUGUAGACUGGACAGAUACCUCAGCAUCGGAUCCUCGAUUACUCGUGCAUAUCAAAUCAUACCGAAAUGUCGUACCAGUACCAAACCACUGGUCUCUCAAGCGCGAGUAUUUGUCAUCGAAACGUGGUGUCGAGAAGCCCCCCUUUGCUCUUCCCAAAUUUAUUCAGGAAACGGGUAUCGCUGAGAUGCGCGAUGCAGUAUUGGAAAAACAGGACGGAGCUAGUUUGAAGCAGAAGCAACGGGAAAGGGUGCAGCCAAAGAUGGGAAAACUGGAUAUUGAUUAUCAAAAGUUGUAUGAAGCCUUCUUCCGGUUUCAAACAAAGCCGGAACUAACACGCUAUGGUGAGGUCUACUACGAGGGAAAGGAGUAUGAGACGAAUCUACGACAUUUGCGCCCUGGCGAGUUGAGCGAUGACCUCAAAGAUGCACUAAAUAUCCCACCUGGAGCUCCGCCUCCAUGGUUGAUCAACCAACAGCGUUUCGGUCCACCGCCUUCAUAUCCUUCACUUAAAAUUCCCGGCCUGAAUGCACCACCGCCACCUGGUGGCGCUUGGGGAUUUCAUCCUGGUGGUUUUGGAAAACCACCGGUGGAUGAGUUCAACCGACCCCUUUAUGGAGGAGAUAUAUUUGGUGUUCUUCAACCACAAGUUAACAAUCAAGCAGGUGAACCUAUUGAGCGAACACUGUGGGGCGAAUUACAAGCUCCCGAAGAAGAGUCUGAAGAAGAAGAGAGUGACGAGGAAGAAGAAGAAGGUGACGAGGAGGAGGACGUUGGCGGUCUACAAACACCCAGUGGUAUGGAAACACCAGAUGGCAUGGCUUCGACUGUACCCUCAGAAUACCCUGGUGAUAUGAGUGUUGGUGGGGACUUUGAUCUUCGCAAACAAAAGAGAGGAACCGAGACUGAAGAGUCCACGCACCCCAAAUCUGCCUACACCGUCAUUCCUGAACGUCAAAUACGCGCCGAAGGAUUCUUUGGUGGUGAAAGAGCUUAUGAUGUUCGUGCUGGUCAAAAUGCUCAUUUACCAGUAUUAGGACAAGAAGAUACCAGGAAAAGGAAGAAGCCAGGAGAUGUAGAUGUUGCAUUGGAUCCAGACUCUCUACACACUGAGGAUGGUAUAAGUCAGGAAGAAGUUAAACGAAGGUUUGAGGCUCAAAAGAAAGAGGAACGAGGAGCUUGGCAAUACGAGGAAGAUUUGAGUGAUAUGAUUGCUCAAGAGAGUAGGAAGAAGCAAAAGAGAGACGAAGAGAAGCGAGGCGAGAAAAGGGAGAGGUCCUACCGAUUUUAA